UUGCAGACUGACUUUAUGCUGAAUUCCAAAUUGAUGUUGACAGUGAGCUUGGUGGAAGCCAAAGCUAUGUAAAUUAUCGGUCAGCCGAUCAAGAGCUGUAACCUGGAUUCUCGACAGUAAAAAAAUAUCCUUCAAUAUCAUAAUUCUUUAAUCCUUUCAACAGAACUUUCCGAAAAUGAUUCGCUUCUAUCACGCUCUGCUUGGCGUUUCUGCGUAUUUGUUGAUUCUUGCUUCGUAUUUUCCUCCAGACGUCCAGGCUUAUUUAAUUCCCGAAGAAAGAGCUGCAGCAGUUGCCCCCGAUGGCUAUACUCCAGCCCGGGUCGAUUGUCCAGCUAACAGGCCGAAAAUUCGCCCAGCAACGGGUUUGUCGAUAAAUGAAACCGAUUGGCUACCUCAACGCACAAAUAAUACUGUCUCGGCAAUGAAAGACCUACUCAGUCGUGUUAAUAUUAGCGGUAUUGACACUGGUAGGUACAUCGAUAACCUCACCAGUGGCGGCGGCACAGGUCUCCCACGAGUUGCUAUCGCUAUUUCUGGAGGAGGCUAUCGAGCUCUCAUGAAUGGUGCCGGGGCUCUCGCAGCAUUUGACAAUAGGUCGACAAAUGCGACAGAGACCGGCCAUCUCGGAGGUCUUUUGCAGUCAGCGACGUAUCUUAGUGGUUUAUCUGGCGGAAGCUGGCUUGUCGGCAGCCUUUACGUACAGAAUUUCACCUCGGUUGAGUCUAUAGUCCUCUCUACCAGCGGAUUUCUCAGUACUCUCUGGCAGUUUGACGAGUCCAUCUUUGACGGGCCCUCGGAUCUCAAUGUCAUAAAGUACUAUAGGCAGCUUUUUGAUGCUGUGGAUGGUAAAAAGAAGGCUGGUUUCAACACGUCAAUCACAGACUAUUGGGGCAGAGCGCUAUCCUAUCAGCUCGUUGAUCCGUCUGACGGGGGGCCUGCGGUUACGUUUUCAUCAAUCGCAAAUGACACAGACUUCAAAACCGCUCAAGCCCCCAUGCCAUUAAUUGUGGCUAUCGAAAGAACCUCAGGACAGGUUCAAAUCGCUGCCAACUCAACAAUCUUUGAGUUUAACCCUUGGGAGAUGGGAUCAUACGACACAGGCCUCGAGGCUUUUGCGCCGCUUCAAUUUGUGGGCUCCAACUUCACUAACGGCACCAUUGCCAAAAAUGGAGAGUGCAUCGCUGGAGUCGAUAACGCGGGCUUCGUAAUGGGUACAUCGUCCUCUUUGUUCAACCAGGCUCUCUUGCAAAUUGGACAGGUGGAAGGUGUGCCAGACUUCUUGCUUGGCGCCAUCAAUGAUACGCUCACAGAUAUCGGAAACGAUAACAAGGAUAUCGCCAGCUGGCCAAAUCCAUUCUUUGGAUAUAAUUCCAGUGUAAAUCUGAACGCGAACACGACAUACCUGACUCUCGUGGACGGCGGUGAAGACUUACAAAACAUACCCCUGCAUCCCCUCAUCCUACCUGAGCGAAAGGUCGAUGUGAUCUUUGCAGUCGAUGGCUCUGCUGACACUGCAACGCUGUGGCCAAACGGCACCGCCAUGGUGGCUACUUUUAAUAGAUCGGAAGCCACAACCUCUUCUGCUGAUGAUAACCGCUUUCCAGAUGUUCCGGACCAAAAUACAUUUGUCAAUCUGGGUUUGAAUAACCGGCCUACCUUUUUCGGCUGCAACAAUGGCAGCGGUACUCCUUCAGGCCCUCUCAUCGUUUAUCUGCCCAAUGCUCCCCUCUCGUUCCACUCCAACGUCUCAACAUUCGAUUUGAAAUAUAGUGAUGAGGAACGCAAUCAGAUAAUCCAGAAUGGGUACAACAUGGCGACCAGAGGCAAUGGCACAGUGGAUGCGAACUGGCCGGCAUGCGUCGGUUGCGCCAUUUUGUCGCGAAGCUUCGAUCGGACUAGGACAAGUAUUCCUGCAGUAUGCAGAGAUUGCUUCACAAGAUAUUGUUGGAAUGGUACGACGAACGACACCUUGCCCAAUACGUAUGAGCCCGCCCAGAUCCUCCAGGGUGCAACAGAGCAAUCGACUUCUUCGGCUGGUCGGGUGAGUGGGACGUUAUUAUUAGCUGGUAUUGCGCUGUUACUUGCGAUCUGAGAUUUAAGUAACCUUGACCUUGAACAUUGGGGGGGAUGCACUAAUAUGGGCGUAAAAUGUUAUCAGAUUGGUUACUCACAGCACUCUUGCAGUAAGAUGAGCUAUUGGAAUGGAUUAUUGGCAUCCAUAUCGUAAUACUUAAUGCACAAG